AUGGUCCAUGGAUCUGAUAUUGAGAUUGUGAAUGGAAUAAACUGGGUUGUGAAGGUUGCCCUUGUAAUCAUAGUAGUUUCUCUUCCACUGUUCCUCCUCCAUCCUCUCAUUUAUGGCUCCCACGCCAGAGGGCUAUUCUUAUUCAAUUUAAAAAACACCAUUUCUCAUGAUGAUUACCGUGGUGAUGAUUACCCCAAGACAGUGUCAUGGAACAAAAACAUCGAUUGUUGUUCUUGGGAGGGAAUCAACUGUGACGAGCUGACUGGUCAUGUAAUUGGCAUCGAUCUUGGUCACAGUUGCCUUACAGGUUCUCUCUUUGCAAACAACAGCCUCUUUCACCUUCGAAACCUUCAAUAUCUUGACCUGAGCUCCAACUACCUCGAUGGCUCUCCUCUUGAGAACACCAGCAGCCUGUUUCACAUUCAAGGCCUCCGACGACUCAAUCUUGCCUACAACAAUUUCUAUGGCACCGUAUCAUCAGAGCUGUUCAAUCGCUUUUUCUCUGAAUAUCUUACCACGUUGACACUUAAUGGCCAAGGUUUUGACAUGCUUGCAAGAAACGUAACCAAAUUAAAAUACCUUGUGCUUGACGGUGUAGAUAUGUCUGAUGUUGCAGUCAUUUCCUGUCUAAACUUAACUUCAUCACUACAACAUUUGAGUCUCUUUCAUUUUCAAUUACAUGGGGAAUUCCCAACUCAACCUUUUCAGUUUCCCAACCUCAAACAUAUAGAUUUAAGUUGGAAUGAAGAUCUCACUGGUUAUCUUCCUAAGACAAACUGGAGCACUGCCCUUGAGUCGCUGUUCCUUCCUUAUUGUGGUGGUAUUAGAGGGUCAAUGUUGCAGGACAAACAAGAUAGUCAGUAUGUAGUUGGGUAUUGUGAUUCAGACUAUGCAGGUGAUUUAGACAAGUGUUGA